UUUAGAGGGACGCAUUCAGAGUGUGCGCACCUGCGUAAAGCACAAGCAGCGUCCGCUAUCCAGGAAUUGCAACCCUGUACAGGUGAGACCAGCUGCUCCUCCGUCUAUACGAGGAGGCACUCCCACGAGGAAGGAUCUAUUUCACAACAAUGAAUGACAUUUCUGCUGGAUUACAAACUACGAAGGGCUGCUCUUACGUUUUCUCCCCUGAGCAGCAGUGACCGUCGCGUCCAGACACCGACACCUUACGCACCGUCCUCUCACACAUCUCUACUUGUUGUCCUCCUGCGACAAACAUGACAUCCCCGCUACUGGCUUAUAUCCUACUUCUUUCAGCCCUUCAUACCUGCUCUCUAACAAUCGAGUCCGAGGAGGACUACGAGGAUGUCACUGUGAACCAGAUGCUGGCUCCUAAAUCCCAGCAAACCGACGCCACGGAAAUACUCAAUAAUUUACUGAAAGAAUAUGACAAGAAACUGCGACCGGAUAUUGGAGUUAAACCAACUGUCAUUGACGUUGAUAUAUACGUGAACAGUAUCGGGCCAGUUUCUUCAAUAAAUAUGGAAUAUCAAAUUGACAUCAUCUUUGCCCAGACGUGGACCGACAGUCGCCUCAGAUACAACAGCACAAUGAAAAUACUGACUCUGAACAGCAACAUGGUUGGACUUAUUUGGCUACCUGACACCAUCUUCAGAAACUCCAAGACUGCAGAUUCCCACUGGAUUACAAUGCCUAACCAGCUGCUCAGGAUAUGGAACGAUGGGAAGAUACUUUAUACCUUAAGGUUGACCAUAAACGCAGAGUGCCAGCUGCAGCUGCACAACUUUCCAAUGGAUGAACAUUCAUGUCCGCUCAUCUUCUCCAGCUAUGGAUACCCACAAGAUGAAAUGAUUUACAAGUGGAGGAAGAACUCUGUGGAGGCGGCUGACCAAAAGUCCUGGCGUCUGUACCAGUUUGAUUUUAUGGGCCUGAGGAACACUACAGACGUCAUAAAGACUACAGCAGGCGACUACGUGGUGAUGACCGUGUACUUUGACCUGAGCAGAAGAAUGGGCUACUUCACCAUCCAGACAUACAUCCCCUGCAUCCUCACUGUGGUUUUGUCCUGGGUGUCCUUCUGGAUUAAAAAAGAUGCCACUCCAGCCAGAACAGCUUUAGGUAUAACCACAGUUCUGACCAUGACCACUCUCAGUACUGUGGCCAGGACAUCACUGCCCAGAGUGUCUUAUGUCACCGCCAUGGACCUUUUUGUCACCGUCUGCUUCCUGUUUGUCUUUGCUGCUCUGAUGGAGUACGCUACGUUAAAUUACUACUCGUACAGCGUUCGAAGACCCAGCUACAUGGAACCGAAAAGACUGAACUACUCAGUCCUCGAUGUGAGACCUCCUCCACACACAGUCAUCGCUUUAAACAACUCCAUGUACUGGCAGGAAUUUGAAGACCCUUGUGUCUACGAGUGUCUGGACGGAAAAGACUGCCAGAGCUUCUUCUGCUGUUUCGAGGAGUGUAAAGAAGGCGGUUGGAGGAGAGGCCGCGUCCACAUAGAUGUACAUGAACUGGACGCAUACUCCCGCGUUUUUUUUCCCACCUCCUUCUUACUCUUCAACAUCGUCUACUGGGUAGGCUAUCUCUACCUUUAGCACACUGAGGGUGCCUGCUUGGUUUCAGGAGAUGGACAGUGCAGCUUAACAGAGGUAAUUCAAUCUGAAUAAAAGGUAACACCAAAUAAACUCUUUCCUGUGGACCCUGAAGAAGUUACCUGGAGAUGAAAACACAGUCAGGAGGACUGUGUGUUUGUGGUGUGUGUGUGUGUGUGUGUGUGUCUGUGUGUGUGUGUGCAGCCCUGUGCCUGGCAGAGAUUUCAGCCUCAGUGGCUUCAGGUAUGAGAAUACAUCACAAUAGUGACUCUCUUCAUAUGCUGUACACAGAGGGAUGUCAGGAUGGACAGUGCACUAACGACGACUUGAAGACGAAGAAGAAAAUGUGUCCCAGACUCCUCAGUCAGGAGGAUGGCUUGUGUUGUAGGGAAUGCUUUUAUCCAGUCAUCAGUCAGAUCCAGAUGAUGAAAAUCCAAGGAUGUUCAAACCACUCAUAGUGCCUUCCUCUGGAGGGGUAGAUACUAUCUGCUACAAUAAUCAGGGAAUAAUGAUUUAUUAAGAAAAAUAGAAGAGCCUGGCUUUGACUGAUUAUGGCUAUUCUCAUUCAGAACCCCAUUUAAAAAAUGGCCAUUUCUUGGAAAACACAAAGGAUUAUUAGAUUCUUAUCACUUCAUUAUGACUUUCAGCCACUAGACACGGCUCAUCCCUCCUUCGUCACAACACUUUGAGUUCUCUGUAUGUUAUAAAGAUCAGGCUGGUAAAAGGACGAUUCAAAUGAACUUGACAGCCAAGAUAACAGCGUGUGCUUUACUGGUAUAUUUUUAAUACAUUUUAUGGUGUUAAACCAAUUCUUUCAAUGGUUCUUUAUACUGUUUGUGUUACUAUAGUAACAAGUCAAACUGUGGGUUUUACUUAUUCUACACCCAGAGGGGAGAGGAAAAUUAAAUUACUGAAGAAAAGUCUGUCUUUGGCACAAAAGACCAGCCAAAAGAGAUCAACAACCACAUGUAUGCGCUUAUGAAAAAAAUACUUUCCUUUGAAAGCUGUGCUUUUUCUAUAUUCUGCGAAAUACACCUGUUGAAUUCCUUGUAUUAGAUAAGAAGACUUCUUCCAGGACCUAUAUAUGAAUUUAGAGCUCACAGCUGGAUCGUUUAGCUUAGCAUAAAGACUAUCGUCUUGGAGUUUAUGAAUUUUUCCUCCCUGCAAUUUGGUUUUUGCACAUACGAGAAUAAGUCUACUCUGCUUCACUUAGUUUGGCAGGACCAACAUCAGUCACACCAAUAAAUCUGUAGGAACAUGACAAAGAUGUGGCUUCAGUUAAAAUUAUCCCAUUUAACUCUAGAACACUAAUGUGCAGUUUUGUAACAUUAUAUUUAAGUAUAAAACAUACUUUCCAUCAAAAUAUAUUAAAGUACAACAAUACAUAACAAAUUGAAGUACUCUUCUUUUAUUUCCCCUAUGAUCUAAUGAAAUAAAACGGCUCUAGAAUUAGUCAAAAAUUUAGGAAUCAUUAAAAAAAAUGAAUUAAAAAAAUACAAAUAAUGGAACUGGGAGCUUGUUUUUCGGUCCACCCAGUCCUGAGACAUGUGAGCCUUGUCUGGUGAAGGCACAGUCUCCCUGCAUUACAGAAAACAGUGAGCGAGAGAAACACAAAAGCACUUAUUCUGAGAGGAGAAAAUGAUCUGCUUAAUAUUAAUUUUUUUUACCAUAAAAAUUCUAUUGGACAUUACCACUAAAUGAUAUUUAUUCAUUGUGUGAGUUAAAAUCACCCAACAUUAGUGUUCUAAGGUUGACUUUAAAUACAUAUUCCUGGUACAAAAUAAAGUAUGUCAUAAAAAAGUAAAACUUCAUCAACUUUUAAUGCAAGAAGGAUCUAAUAAAGCUAUGCCAGCUCCAGAUUAAUAAUAUGCAGUUAUUAACACAAAUAACAUUUAUAAUAUCCAGGGAUGCUAGGCCUGACCUAGACUCAUUUUAAGUUCCCACCAAAACAAUAAAAACCAGCUUCCCUCUUAUCUAAUAAAAACCCAGAGACAGCACAGACAAAAUAUACAAGACUGCAACCUACCAAACAGUAGCAUAAAGCAUAUAACAAUAACAUAAAAGAGCUUAAAUAAUACAGCAGGUCGGGUUAUAACAGGCCAAACGAAACCCAGAACCUGCUUCAAUCAAUCAUCUAACUCUGGACACGGAGGCAAAAUAUUCUAGAAUGUGUAAUUUUUUCUUUAAAAGAAACCUUAGCAGUGAGUUGUUGUUGAUCAGUGUGAGUCACACAUAUGGAAUGAACCUGAAGUUUUCUUUUACAUUUGCAGUAAGAUGUGGAGGCUUUGGAGGUGGAAAAUUUUGGGGUUAAAUGUAUUUACAGGCAGCAGGCGCAACAAAACUGUUUAUGUCUACCAGCUGGAUUGUCACAGAUUGGGCUCCUUUGAGAUGAAACACCCUGGGAGCCGAGGCAGCCAUGCUUAUAAUGGAAGUGUUCUUUUUCUACAUGAGCAUAUUCACACCGUGUAUUGGCGUCACACAGCAGCCACUUCUUAGCGCACACUAGAUAAAGUAACUAGGCAAAGAAUAGUGUUUGUUCUGCUGUUUAACUAAUGCCUAGGUUCAAUAUAAUGGGUGUCACUGGUACAUAAUUGUAGGCACAAAUACAAUAAUCCUGCUUAUUACAAUCACCAAUCUCUGUUUGCAUGCAAUAAACAGUUACAAUUACGCUGAAGAGGCUAUGUUAGAAAUAGAGUUAUAGUUUUAAUAUGGACUGUUUGUAUCAUAAUUUGAUUUCCGUGUUUCCACCUGGCAUUAGCGACCGUUGAAUUGCCUUAGUGUAGCCCACCCUGAGCUGAGACGAACACCAGAAAGACGUAUUUACCUCUGAUAAAUAACCUCAGCGUGGUGAAGACCUCACUUCAGCAACGGUUACUCCUUUGCUUUUGGCAGUAAACCAAGUCGGAACUUUUUAUAUCCCUUUUUCAGCUUUUUUCUUUUAAUUAUAUUUGCUAUGUUUGUGCCAAAUAUUUCACACAGGUGCCCUCUCAUUUGUUUAUUCAGACACGCCUGAGCAACCCUAAAAUGGUUAUUUUAAUGUUUUAAUACUGAGGAAACAGCACGGUGUGGUAUGCUGGAAAAACACUCUACCGGGGUUGACACUGAGUUAUGGUACAGGAACGCAUACGUGAAUAAUGAAUUCAGAGCUUUUCUUAUUUCUUUAUUUGCAUCAGUUUAAUUAAAUGACAUCUUAAAUGGGAAAUGUCAACUUGCAAAAGAAUAUUUAAAGAACAUUUUCAGGAUUUCCACACAGAAAAAGGGUAAACUAUGUCAAGAAUGGUGUAAAGUGCCGCCCACUAUGCCAGCAGCUAAAAUGAAUGAAAAUGAAAAUGUUGGUGUGCGUGUUUCUUCAACAAACACAAAAUGCUGAAAGCAGUUCUUUUGAUCUCUUUAUUUCUCAACUUGAACAGCCACGUAUCAUUUCCUCUGUCCUAAUUUGGGGGCAAAAAUGUACUUUUAUGAUCCAUGUUUGUGUUAGCGGAGCUGCCCAGAUGUGACAGUGCCCCGACUCCCUUCUGCUGACACAUGAAGGGCGAUGCAAUAAGAUUUUCUGAGUGGUGCUCUACCUUACACUCUUACACUACAUUAUCAUGUAAAGAUGAAAAACAAACAAACACAUGCUUCAGUUCUUGCUUCUUGGAGGCCUCGCUUUGCUUUUGUCAAACAGAUGAUUGAAAAAAAGGCGGAAAUGUAAAGGGGAUCUCACGCUAGUUCUGUUUCACCGGCAGAAUCACCAGGAUUCACCAGUCGGUCAGUUUGUAACCUGCCAGAUGAGAUCUGCCUGUUCAUGGACUCUCCACGCUUUGUAUUAUCAGGCAACAGAAACUAAAACAACAGAAACAGACAUCCAAGUGGUAUCAUUUAACUCACUAACAGGUCAAACGUUACUGUGAGCUUGGCUCUGUAUGAUGUUCGGACGUUUCUGUAGGGUUUGUGUAUUGCUACUUAUGUCAGAGCUCAUCUCUGGACUUUACAUAAACAUGGAAGAUGUUCUUUAAACUGUAAAUGUGAAGCCAAAAUACUGGCAGAGCCAUCUUGUACUGAUCAUUUGUAACUGUGCAGUAAUGACCUGGGUCUGGAAAACAUGACAGUUUACAAUUAACACAGAAUAUUUCAUAUUUUUAUCAUUUCUAGUGAAAAAUAUUCUUAGGACGCAAGUAAGUUUCUGGCUGCACUGAGUCACUGAGCUCUUAGGUCACUAGGUAUAAUAUUAACAGUAACUUAGUUAACCUUCAAUGUAUGAACGUAUGAGCUCGUAUGUCUGCCAUCACCCAUUGGAUAGUGAAGCCUCGAUCGAAGCUUUUUUUUUUAAAAUAGCAGAUGUCAAAAGUCAGACAUUUACAGUUACAGGCAAAUGAUAAAUUGUCACAUUAAAAUGCAGUCUAUUGUUUUGGUGACUCACAUUUUGAUGGCUUGAUUUUGGCAGUGUGGACAUCAAACUUGUUUUUGGAGAAGAAGUGUACAAAGCCGGAAGAGAGGGUAGAGUGCAGAGUUAUCAGUUAACACUAUAAAAUACUACAAUUUUACCUACCAAAUCGGGAGCGCAGAGAUUUUGGGCAAUCUCUUUGAAAUUUUCCUUAAAAACGCACAAACAUGCUAUAGAGGUCUAACUCAGUGGCUGAAAUUGGCUGAGGUGAAAUCUAGCAGAUAUCUAGUGGCAAAAUCAGCAACCACCAGCCACUCAAAGCAGCCACACACCUAAUAAUGUACAACUUCAAGCCUUAAUUAAAAAAACAAGAACAACUCCACUGCAAUUAUUAUGGAACAAUAGCAGCUGCUUAAGCCAGGUUGGCUGUAAACACGUUUAUUUCUGCAGUAAAGCUGCCCAAAACAAACCUCAUGUGGAAGAAUGGAGAAUAUGACAGAAAACACGUUGUUUGGCUCAUGUAUGAAUUAAACUCCAGCUGGCCGUGUCACCACUGAGACAAUUGAGAUAUUUUGGCUUCACUUCUGAAGAAUUGUCUACCAUCAAGAAAUUCUUUUUUUUUUUUUCAUGAUAUA